ACGCUGCUCUCUGGGCUCCCUUGUUUUUAUUGUCCUCUACGCGUAUAUUAUCACUCGUCUCCCUGUUUGCGCUCUCGAAAAGUCAAAGACUGCUCAAUUCCUCACUUGAAUCAGGACUACCGCGUUUACUUUUCACAUUCCCUUUGUUCUGCUUUUUUUCUUGUCUUCUGCCACUGGAACAUAUCUCGUCGACACAAUCUCGAAACCCUAGUCAUUCAUGAGCGCAGACUUUAUUCCCCCCACUCCCAAGCGCAAGGCAACGCCCCUAUUCUUCGACUCAGACGACGAAGAGGAAGGGCAAAUCGCCCCACGAACCGUUUCACCUCGCUCACAACACGCCACCAAGCGCGUUCGAUUGCAGUAUGAGACCCUUGUGGACUCUGGGGCGAGUGAGGAUGACAGGUUUAUUGGAGAUCUUGGAAACGUCAAGGCUGACGGUGUGGGUGCACAGUCGAGUGCGGAAGCUGCGACAGACGAGCGUAUCCUUCACGAGCCCGCGUCGCUGGAUGUAGAAACACCUCUGGCUCGGAUGGCGUACGGAGGGGAGUCGGGUCAUGUUCCCUUGGUUCCGCCGCAAGUCCAGCAUUCGUCACCCACCAUUGAGUAUAUAAACAUGAGGUCACCCACGAAGCUUAAUUUGCAAACUCGGUCGACGCUAUCGCCUCUCGCUUUCUGGGACCAAUCGCACUCCAAGCGGCCUACACCGUCAUCCUUCUCCGUCCUCCAUAAAAGCAUCCUCGCGUCUCGCUUGCAACGCCCUACUCCGGUCGCACCGACUCCCGCUCCACCUCCCGCCGAACCAGCAGUACCUACUCAGUGGCAUACAUCCAUUCGCCAAACGAACGAGAAGAGCUUGGCUCUGGGUCGCCCAAGACCCGCACUUCCACGUAUCCAUGAGCCUGUCGCACAACGUCCAGCGUACGACAAUAACGCCGUUGCAUCGACCUCGUCAGAACACCGUCCUACGCCACCUACUUCGCCAUCACCCAGCAUCAUCUCCAUAUCCGACGAACCCGAAGUCAUUUCAAUCCACAGCACCCCAUCCUCUUCGCCGCCUCCUAUGGCCGUGGAUGAACCGGAACCCACUCCUUCGGAGGAACACUACAUGAUCAACGCAGAUAAUAGGAUUGUAGUGGUGAAGUCAGACGGGAGGAACUAUUAUCCUAAUGCUCCCGUUGCGGAGUAUGAUGAGAUUAAUGAAUAUCACCUUGUUGAGCGACAUGAUGACAUAUCGAAGCAUUGGAGGGCAAAGUUGGGGUUGUAUUUGGCUAGAGAGGGAUUAAAGAGGAAACGCAAAGUCCAUUCACCGCCAUGGAUGUUGGCGAAAUUCCCGAGAGGAUAUAACCUUUAUGUUCAUGUUAAGGGUCUCCAGCGAGAUAAGUUUAAUGCAAGAAAAGAUUACUACCUCUACGGUUCUGACAAUGUCUUUCGAUCCCCUGAAGAAUUUGCCUUUCAUCUAAUCUGGCUCGCCAAAGGCAUGCCAAUGACCCGAGAUGGCCGAAGACGCUGUGGCUGCAAAUACUGCAGUCAUCGAUCUCAGACAGAGAUUACAGUGCAAUUACGGAAACAUCUUCCUCCACCACCACCGGUUUUGGCGAAUAGCCGUGGUUAUAAUACAUAUCAUCAGCCGGCGGAACAGAGGGCCAGAUCACCGGAGCUUAUGUUUAAGGAUUAUACGUAUCUUGCGCGCUCGUAA